CGCCCUCUCCCUGGAGGCUCGUCACGGGCAUGCGCAGCGCGCCGGGCUGUGACAAGAAAAGGGAAAUCCGGAAAUGAACCCGGCAGGGGGCGGGGCGUGACCUCUGACCCCGCGCACGCGGAGGACGGCGGCGACGCACGCGGGACGCGGCGGUGGAGACCAUGGAGCAGCCCCUGGGGCCUGAGAGCGAUGACGACCUGACAGACAGUGAGGAGAGCGUGUACUCAGGGCUGGAGGACUCCGGUAGCGACAGCACCAACAGCAGCGCUGAGGAGGAGGAGGAGGAUGAAGAGGAGCAGGAAGAGCCCAGCGGCAGGGCAGCCCCUGGGGUCAAAGGGGCUCCCAGGAAGAGCAAAGCUCUGGGGGCUGAUCCCUCUCCAAAGGACAGCGAGGGUCUGAGCGCUCCGGAUGAGUACGCGGAGGACAGCUCGGAUGAGGAGGUAGGACCCGCUGCCAGCUUGAUACGUGUGGAUACAACGUAGGGGAGGUGGAUUGAUUUCCCACUGUGUUGCCUUCUGUGCAAAUGCCAAAAGAGGGACGUUGGUCAAAGAGCGUUGGGUCUGACGGGGGGGCUGCCCACCCUGCAGCUCGCUGCUGGCACCCAGCGGGGCUGGGGGGGCUGGUGGCAGAGCGCAGUGCUCGUGGUGCCUGGCGCCGCAGGUUGGAAACUGGUUGUGCAAAAGGCAGCAGGAUCCGGGCCACAGAGCGCUCCUUGGCUUUGUUUGUUCCAGACCAACUUCAUUGCUUUUCUUAAUCGUCUGCUAAAUCAAUUAACGCGAUUGGCGCAAAUCAGCUGCUCCUGCGGAGCCCGGGGGUCGGGAUGGGGCGAGCG